AUGGCUGGCGCGGCGAAGUCGGCGGCGGCGGUAGCGCACGAGCGCUCGAUCCGUCCUGUCGAGCGAGUAGCAGUCUGGGAAUAUCCCAGCGGAGACCGCGCCGUUUUUGAGGGGCCGAUUUCGCCCUCGACCCGGUCGCCGCCGAUGGCUCGGCUUGUGCGGGUCCAGCGCCGCGGCCAGCCAGCGACACCCUCGCCGACGGCCGGGCGGUCGCGCAGCGACUCGGACUCGUACUCGUACUCGUCGUCCAAGUCGCCGGAGCGUGGGCGGGGACCGGCGCGGCCGGCCGACAAGGACGCGGUGCUGCGGCUGCGCAACCUGACGCGGAACGUGACCGCCGAGCACCUGCGCGAGAUCUUUGGCUACUACGGAGAGGUGGUCAAGGUCGACCUCGCCGUGGACAGCGCGGUCGGCCUCUCCAAGGGCACGGCCACCGUCGAGAUGGCGAAGCGGCAGCAGGCGGAGGAGGCGGUCCGGCACAUGGACGGCGGCCAGCUCGACUCGAAUCGCGUCGGC